AAUCACAUUAAUUUCUUUCUUAUGUUAUGCUAAUGAUAUCUUUGCCAUGGUGGGUGAUGAUAUAAAACUUUGAGUCAGAAACUAUGAAACAAACUGACACAAAUUUCUCUUAUUAACAGAAUCAAAAAAGUGAAACUGUCACCUUUAAUUUUACAACCACGCGUCAGCAUGUUUUGUCCUAGAUGACAUUUAUAAAACUAGAUCAAUCCUUCCUGUAAUGAGACUGGGAAUUGUGACUGUCAGGUUAAUGAGCAACUAUAGCAACCUUUGUUCACACUAGCAUUUAUGUAUGAAGUAUGAAGGUGUUCAGGAACAGUAAUACUUUGUGAAAAGAGAUGCAUAGACACAGGCUGAGGCAUUGAAGAUACAGCUGGAUGGUUAGGAAUCAAUACGGCUAAUGAUCAUCUGUACCCUUACUGGGUCGCACCGAAAUGGCCAUGGCUAAGGAGAAGGCUUCAGAUAUUCUGGCAGAGCAGAACAGUCCUUUGCUACAGGACCAGGAGAUCAUGCCCUUCACCAGCUAUCCCAGCAUGCCGUACACCUCGGUGGAGCCCUCCAUGUCAUCACCAUCAUACUACUCCAGUCAGCAUUGCUACCCACAGUACAGUGGAGAGGAGUGGUACUCUCCAUCCACCGUGUUUGAGAUGAGGAAAGGAUCGUUGGAGGGUGGCUUUGAUAAUGAGCUGGACGAGUCUUGCCCUGUUGUCCCAACUGUGUGUAAAAGGUCCAGACACACAGCCCACCCUGGAAGGAGCAAAGGCGAGGAACUGUGUGUGGUCUGUGGAGAUAAAGCAUCAGGGUAUCACUACAAUGCGCUCACAUGUGAAGGAUGUAAAGGUGAAUUACAUAAUUUACAGUAUAUUGGCUGCCGUUUUCCGCCAUGAGAACAUGUAUUUCUGAACAAGAUUUUCGUAGGGUCGGGAACCAAGAACUGGUUCUUAUUCAGAAUAGUGGGAUCGAUCUGAUGUUUGGUACUGUUAACUUAAAGGGGUCAUA